UUCUUGGCGUGUCCGCUAGCCUCGCACGUUCUCGCAGAGAUCCGUCUGCCGCCCGGUUGUGUCCCGCUCCCCGCCAGCCGCGCCAUCCGGACUCGCCGUCGCCGUCGCCAUGGCGGAUCUGGACGAUUUCUUCGCCAAGAAGGACCGUAAGAAGGCCAAGGGCAAGAAAGGUUUCGCCACGACCGACGAGGUCGCCAAGAAGCUGGAAGAGACGGGCAAGCGGGUCGAGAAGCCCAAGCCGAAGGACAAGCCGCCGAAUCCCGAGGGCGAGGAGUCCCAGCACACCGAGGACGAGGACGAGUGGAAGGAGUUCGAGGAGGAGAAGAAGGACUACAGUGGUUUGAAAAUUGGACAUUUAACGAUAAAUGAUAGUGUUGAUGCAGAAUUGAACGACGAGAGGGGUACCUUUGAAGUCAAUUCUGACGGAGAGACCGUCGAGGUUGGCACAAAGUAUACGGGACCAUGGAAGAAACCGGAUCUAUCAUCAGAAGGGCCGGAAGUGGCACCGACACCGCCCGCCGCACCACCUGCCACCGCCGCUGCCACCGCCGCCACCGCCACCGUUGCUGCCGCUGCCGCCGCCGCCGCCUCCACCGGAAGUAGUUACAAAGCACCACACUUACGGAAUCAACCUACGUUCGCUAGUCCACGACCACGAGGAAGAAAUGUCGCGCCCGAUAUAAAUAGCGAGGAAUACUUCCCCACCCUGAACUCCAAACCCCCCCAGCAAAAUAAUGGCAGCGCUCCUUGGGGCAGACGGCGGCGAGACGAAGGCGCGUUUGAGGAAGUUCGCAACCGGGGUGGCAGCAGAUCUUACAACGUGCCCGAGUCGCAGGCUCAAACACCCAAGCUCUCCCUCGGCAACAAGUACGGCGCCCUGUCGCAAGAUCAGAGCUGAAAACGCCUGUCCCGACGGAAUCAAACAGCUACAUGCAAUCAAUAUCACAUCGUCGCCCCUCCCUGCUUCGUGGCCCAACCUCGCCGAGAAAAUCUAUUUUCUAGACUAGGACGCAGUGUGUAUUAUAGAAUGUGUAUGCACGUACACACGUUCCGACUUGGUAAAAUUCCGGAGAUGCUAAUUCCGGUUCUCUCGUCGGCGAUUAUUCUAAGGAUGAAAAUCGCGGGACGGAUCCUAGGUAUUUUGCACACACACAUGCGCUCAUGGACCUUGUAAAACUUAAAACUCGAAGUGAAUAUCGCGUGUGCGCAAGCUUAUUUUCAUACCGUGUAGACAACGUUGGAAGUCGAUUUUUAUAUUUCAUUUUGUAAUCAGCAUAGCGUGUAGUAUGCUGCUUCCAAGAGAGGCGUUCGAAGGACGAACGGAAGAACGGAAAUUCCGACGCUCGAAUCCUCGAAAGGAAACGAAAAGAAAAAAAAAAGACGGCGUACCGGAACGAGACGUUGUUCCUCGCGAGUAUGUGCUAUCGUUACGCGGAUUGUAGUCUAAAGAGAAAAAAAAAAGAGUAUCGUUCGUUAAGGUAUUUUACGUAUUUGCACUUUCUUUUAUACGGUGCUACUUUUUUAAUUUAGCGUGCAUAAUUACUGCCACGAUCGAUGCCUUCUCAUUGAGUAUUAUCGAUGUAAAUAGGACUGAUCACGUUAACGUCCGGACACGAUAAGCUUUCGAGAUCGGCACGGCAAUGUCGAGAUUGAAAUUCACGCGAUUUAAUCUGAACAAGCUCUGUGUACGAUACUGAGAGCUCCUUCAAUAAACUCGAGUCUCGAAGGAUCGCGGGAUGCUUCUUGAAUUCUCUCUCUUUCUCUCUCUCUCUCUCUCUCUACUUUCGUAGGAGAGUGUCGCUUCGCUCAAAAUGGCAACGUGCGUCAACGAACGAAAAUUUCUAGGUAAAUUAAGAUAUAUAUAUGUAUAUUAUUAAUCGUGAAUUUCGCGGGGUUGGGCUUUGGAACGGUGGUGCGGAAACAGUAAAAGGGUAAACGACGAGGGUAAAACACGAGCGCAACUUUGAGUGAGAGUAACGAGGGGCAAAACGGUUUAAUUAAAGUGCGAAACACAACGUCGCCGCGUCCGCGGUGGCGUUGUGCACAAAAUAGGAGGGAGAAAGACGCAUACGCAUACACUCGUGUUAAAUAUAAAAGAAAAUGAAAAAUCCUCUGUACGCUUUUGUUGACAUUUGUAUAAUUCUCUUUUUGUUGAUGUAAGAUGUUUUCUUUCCCAAGGACGUGCGGCGGGAAUAAAAUAUCGAAUCCGUUUCUCUUUCGGGGGAGGGAGACGGUUUCUCGUUGUUGGCGGAAUCCUCCUCCUCGCCGAGGGGGAGGAUGACGCGUGUUAUUUACGCACGUGAGGAGAAAUGUCAUACGGAAACGGUAGAUAAUAAUAAUAAGAAUUCUUGUGUAUAGCGUGUGAUAAAAUGUGAUUAUUUAUAAAUAAAUUUCUUAGGAUAACUCGUACGUACUGCCUCCGAGCAUUUUUUUUUUUUUUUAAUUUGCCGUACACCGUAUAUAUCGCCGAUCGACCGGAUUUUCCCAAAGCGCAACGCUCGAUCACCCUGUGUGCGCGCGCGAACGACCUGGCCGAUCGUCUUUCCGCGAACGAACGCGAUUCGAACGGAUCGGAAAGAGAAACGGUUCGGCUACGGAAGCUGUUGAAACGCGUUGCAGCGCCCAGAGAAAGAAGAACGUCUAACUUAAGCACGCGGCGGAAACGCGCGACACCGGUGCCUCUUGGAGACAGUUUCGAAUUGAUUUUGAUCGCCGCGGCAACGCGGACUAUAUAAUAUAGCCUGCCCUUUGUUACAGAAUAGUUGAGAUACAAUAAUUUUAUCGCUACUGUUACAUGAGAGCGAGCGAUAGAAUGACAGGAAGUGAGAGUGCGCGAAAGUGUGGGAUGCGAGCGUACGUGACGUAUUUAAUAAAACUCAAAUCACACC